AUGACAAGACAAUGGGAUACAAAUGGUGAUAAUAUAAAAGAACUUGAAAAAAAGAUUGAAUUUCUUGGAGGUAUUAGAGUAUCACCGUGGUCUAUAUCAUGUUCAUUAUAUCUAGAGAGACUGCCUGAUGGUUCGCCUAAUGCACCCAGAGAGUUUCAUCUUCUAACCUUUGAUGAAAAGAUAAAAAAGAGUUAUAUGGUUAGUCAGUACACAGUUGUCGAAGCAGAUCGUGAAGUUGUAUCGAUCUUGGAGAAAACCAACAGUUAUAAAAAGAGACAAACACAUGAGAUAUCCGGUAACAAAUAUGAAAUAGGUGACUUUAUCAUUAGAAUCGGACCAAUAGUUUUAAAUGCAGAUGUAAAAGCUAUUGCAGUUGAAGUUGAGUAUACAGCUUGCUCUGUUACAUCUACAUCACCAUUCAACGCAACGAAACUACUCUCAGAGUUUAUCAGUGGAAACCUGGGAUUCCCAGCAGAUCAAGUACAAACCUCAUACGAUUUCAGUGCAUUUCCAGCACUGCCGCGAAACUACUCUGAACUACACACAUCAAUACAAUAUUCAAAACAAAUAAAUGUAUCAAUCAUUUUAAUUGUUACUAUUUUAUUUUUGGUGAUAGUUAUUGUUUUAAAAUUGUUAAUAUGGAAUCAACCAUAUUUUAUAUAUCCAACACCUUCUGAAGCAACUACAGUAGAUUGUCCGGUUGGAAGUACAACUACAUGGCAAUACUCUGUAACCACCAAGCUGUUACUCCCAUUCGAUAGAUUAGAUAUCUCAGUAGCCAAACAUCCAGAUGGUGUCAAGAUUUCGAAAGAAAUACAUAACAAUCAUGUUGUUUCAGUCAUACUAGAGUGGGCACCAUAUUCUUACCAAGCAGGUGUCUAUAGUGUUGUAGUUGCAGUUAAAUCAUCAUUACUACCAUUCAGUUUUUAUUCUCAAGUGAUACAUUUUGAUAUCGUUGCAACAAAUUAUGCAUGUAAUAAUGGUGAUUUGAAUAUGGAUUACAAUUCGACUUCAGACGACUUUUGUUUGUGCAGAGAAGGAUUCGCUCCUGAUUCAAUGUGUCUGAAUUGUCUUGUUGGAUAUCAAGGUGAUCAGUGUAAACCAAUCGCUGUUAAAGAUUGCGAGAAUGGAGGUGUUUUCAAUAAUGUAACAAUGCUAUGUGAUUGUCCUGACAAUUGGUAUGGAGAGAAUUGUCAACUAUCGAUUGAUAGUAGAAAUCACUGUGGUAAACACCACCGAAAAUCUACUACUUCUCCAUCUUUAUCUUUGUCUUACGAAUUAGCAUCGUUUGGCGAAACAGAGAACAGCUACUUGACACCUGUGAUCCAACAAAUUGUUGUGUCACCAGAGGAUUCAGAGAUUGUCACUACCAUUACAUUUAAACAAUCACCAUAUAUCCAAUUGCAAUCACCCUACAGUAAUAACAAAGAUAAGAAAAAAAAGAAGAACGACGACAAAUGGGAUAAAUAUGAAAGUGCAGAGAGACACGCCAAGAAAAAAUUGGAUAUCUAUUUAUUAUUUGAUUUGGCAAUGCCAUCGGAUGAUGUACUUUUGGAGAUUUACCGUGGUUUUGAAAGAUUCUUAUUGUUGACAUCAACAGUGUUUCCAGACACACAGUUUGGCUUGGGCUACUUUAAUAGCGAUGCCAAUUGCGAUGCCGAUGAAUCGUUCAAUCCAGAAGAUUCUUAUUCACCUAUAAUGAAAAUCGGUCACCUUACAAACAGGGCUCUGGAUCAAUCUAUAUUCCAUGAUUUCUAUGUUUCCAAUCCCAACUGUAAUAAAGUAGAUCCAGUGUCACCAGUUAUCGCGGCUAUUAAGAAUCAAAAUGAAACCAUUGGUUGGAGACAAGAUUCGGUGAGAUCCAUCAUGUAUUUCACAACUAGUGCACUUCAUACUAGUGGAUCUCUUGAACUCCAAGACAAGAUUAAACAAGUCAAUCAGAUGUUGGCCGACCAAUACAUCACCAUUUCAAAACUAGCGGUUUUCAAUUUGGAUACCAAUAAUGGAGCAACAGGAAGUUGGGGCGUAUUCGAGUAUGGAACUUACUCUGUGGUUGAAGUUAGAGAGUGGCUAAAGAGUGCGUUAAGUUCACUCAAUAGAGCACUCAAUUUACCAGUCUAUAUCAAUCCAUCAACAAAAUCAUCUUCAUCGUUAUCAACCAAAAUAAUAUGGAAUAGCAAUGAACCAUCAAAAGCAAAGAGUAUCAAUAAUAAGGAAAGAUUAGAUUGCAAAGACGAUGCAGAUAAAAAAGAGAAAAAAGAUAAACAUCAUAGAAAAGAUAAACAUAAAGACGACGAUAAAGAUAGAAAAGAUGGAAAUACCGAUUCAUUGGAUAUAGUAGAGUAUUCACUUACGAUUUUAACGAAGCCAAUUGAUUUAAGACCAACAAAAAUUCAACUAGUCAAACCUGGUUAUGGUAAAUCAGAUAUUCAGUUGAUUUACAGAACCAACGAGACCAAAGACUAA